UAUAAAAGGCAUCAGACUCCGGGCAUUGGUAUCAGUCUCAAUUUUAACGUGAGAGAAUCAACAUGUACGGAAAGCUGUUCGCCAUCCUCACUCUGACCGCGGUAGCUCUGGCCCGCGAGUACCCGGCCGGACUCCACCCAGCCAUUUGCCCAAACUACCCGUUCUGCGAUGCUGACGCCCUGGCCAAGUACACCCCUCAGGGAAUGCCGAUACCAGAAUGGGUGCGCAACCCAGCCAUCCUGCCGAUCGCUCGAGCUGCGUCGAAUCCUGUGCCCAAGUAUCCGGCUGAUUUCCCGGCUGCCCUAUGCCCUAACUACCCAUACUGCUGGUGAAUACACAAGCUACCUACGCUAAUCAACAACAAGUCAACGGUUUUUGCGGAUGUACACUUUUUAUAUAUAUAAUUUAGAAGAUUGAACACAUCGAUCAGCCAUGUUACUGUGGAAUUAUCAUCUUAUCAGCAAUAAAACACUGACCGCCCAACACGGGUUGGGCAUCACUAUGCAUGUCCAAGUUGCCUCCUUUAUAAGUCCAUCAAUCUGUGGGCACUCUGCUUAAAUGCGUGACCUCCAUUCAUUAUGAUAGUCCUGAUAUGUAUUCCGCGAAUAAUGGCCUCCCAAAUAACAGAUUUUCUCCUAGUCUUUGUCAAUGAAAUAUUGCGGUGAACCACAAUCAGCUUCCCGCUUAUAGGAAGACCUCAAAAAGUAUUCCAAUUUCGAGAAAAGGCUGGGAAAAAUAGAAAUGUGAAAGCAGGAAAGUUAGUUGAUCGAAGGCUAGCCUUGUAAAUUACCACCUUCGUUGGGACUUAGAGUUAGGACAAGAUUUUGCAACAUCUCCUAAUGAUGCAGUAGUAACCGGCAAUGGAAGUUUUGCAUUUUGCUCAAUUAGCUGUUAUGAUGUUCUGGAAGAUGAUCUCUUGAGUUGCCACUAGUAACUUGGUUCAGGUCAAUUAAUCGCCAAACUUUGGACGUUAUACUUACUAACUAAUGUCUAAAGAUGUCUAAACUGUGUGUGUUUGUGAGCAAUUUUGUUGACUUUGCCACUGCAACGUCCGUAUGCAACGCUUAUGAAAUUCAAUAGUGAAAUCAGGUUCAGGCCUUCGUCGCGCUGUUACAUAUAAUAUACAAAUAUCACCAAUAUUACAAAAGCUUAGCAUGUAGUUUUGACGUAAUGUAUCUAUCAUCCACAAAUGCCUGUCUAUAACCACUAUUAAUUGAAUAAGCGACAUUAAAAAUGUAUUAAUUAGAUGUGAAAUACGUUUCAGCUAAAUUUUAAGUCACGUCAGAUUUUCGUUAUUUUUUUUUAUUUUUGUAUAUAAAAA